GUUCCCACCUUAGUAUUGUCAAUGUGAACCAGGCGCGAAGCAUCAGUCUUGUUCAAACAGUAAACAGAAUUGAACAACAAUCGAUGUAUUAAUUGCGGUUUACUCACUCUUGAAAAUGGAAGAAUCAAGAAUGUCCUUUCUCUUUCUUCUUUGCCUUAAACGGCGUUAUCACAACGAAAGUCUUUGCUUUAAGUGACUGCUCAAGAAAGUAGGAAGCUUCUUUGCAAGUUCCUUUUUCAUUUAUUGUUUUUCUUCUCAACCUAAAAAAAAAAUUUAUUCUUUAUCAGCUUCUCGCGCUGCACGCCAGAGGGUCUACAGUAGUGCUAUUUUUAUCCCAAGAAAGUGAGAGAAUUUCCUAAAAAAUGGGUGAGAGAUUUCCAUUUUCCAAAUUAACCGAACCCUUGAAUUGUUUCCCAUAUUUGUUUGUGUCUCACUAAUAGUUCUGCAAGAUUCAGAGUGAAAUUGUUGUUCAAGGAGAUGGCAGCUUUACUUCUCGCUUCAUCUGCUGCAGGAGCUGGGUUGGAGAUAGUUUUUGGAAGUUUUCUGAGAGCUAUUUUGGAGGUGAGGAGGAGCAACGCCAUGUUUGCUCCUACCCUGAAGCAACUGGAAGACACUAUGGAGUCUAUGAGACCAAGCAUCAAGAGAAUCGAAACAUUUAACAGAGAUUUCGAUCGGCCAGAUGAAAUUAAAGGGCUACGAGAUUUGAUGAAAAAGGGUGAGGAUUUAGUUCGCAAAUGCUCAAAAAUCCAUCGAUACAACUAUGUUAAGAAGCCUUUGUAUACCAAGAAACUUGUUAAGUUCGAUGAGUCUAUUCGUAGGUAUAUUAGUGCCAUUUUGCUACUGCAUUCAACAUCAGAUGUAAAGGAGAAUUUGUAUGAGACGAGACUGCUAAGUGCCCAGAUUAGGAACUUAAGCAUGGGGGCAUCCAGUGCUGGGGUGUCCAGUGGUGGUGGUUCCAUUAAGUAUGGUUUUGUGGGUGUGUGCUCGCCUCCUGGACUCAAGGUGGUUCCGGUUGGGUUAGAGAAUCCCAUGAAGGAUUUGAAAGAAAAGCUGCUCAAGGGUGAUGAGGUCUCACAAGUGAUUGUAGCAUCUGCUCCUGGAGGAUGUGGAAAGACCACAUUGGCUACAGCGCUUUGUCAAGAUGCUAAUAUUAAGGACAAAUAUAAGGGCAAUAUUUUCUUUGUUACUGUCUCAAAAUCGCCGGACGUGCUGGUUAUUGUAGAGAGGUUAUUUCAGCAUAUGGAUUCCAACACUGGUUUUCAAAGUGCAGAAGAUGCAGUUAACCAAUUGGAAAAUUUGUUCAGGUCCAGGGGCCCAGAACCUAUACUGCUGGUCCUUGAUGAUGUUUGGUCUGGAGCAGAAUUUCUAGUUGAGAAGCUCAAGUUUCCAAUAACAGAUUACAAGAUUUUAGUAACAUCAAGGUUUGAAUUUCCACGCUUCGGUCCCAGUUAUAAAUUGAAAACACUAAAUAAUGAAGAUGCUAUGACGCUUUUCUGUCGCCUAGCAUUCCUGCCAGAUGGGAACUCAUACAGACCAGAUCAAGAUGUUGUGAAUAAGAUAGUGGAAGUCUGUAAGGGAUUCCCACUAGCCAUUUCAGUGGUUGGCAAAUCACUAUGUGGGAAGUCUGCAGCAGAAUGGAGGAAGAGAAUUAAGGAAUGCUCUAAAGCUUCUUCUGUUCUUGCUAACUUUGAGUUUGAGCUGCUUCAUUGUCUUCAAAGCAGCGUUGAUGCCUUGAAGAAUAAUACUUCAGCCAAGGAGUGUUACAUGGACCUAGGUUCCUUUCCUGAAGACCAAAAAAUUCCUGCCUCUACCCUUAUGGAUAUGUGGAUGGAAUGGCAUAAGCUUGAAGAAGAUGACGCCAUUGCUAAUCUUUAUGAACUCUCUGAACGAAAUCUGAUUGAUAUUGUAGUUACGAGGAAAGAUGCAAGUGAAGAUUAUGACUCUACGAUUGUUCUGCAGCAUGAUUUACUAAGAGAGUUGGCUAUUAUUCAAAGCAGCUCAGGAAGCAUUGAGCACAGAAAGAGGCUAUUUGUAGAUGUAAGUGGUAACAAUUUCCCAGAAUGGUGGGCUCAACAAAGACAACUAUUUAUCAGGGCCAACCUUUUAUCUAUUUGCACAGAUAAUAUGUUCUCAUCAAGUUGGUGCAACAUCGCAGCACCUGAAGUUGAGGUUUUAGUUUUAAAUUUUCAGACAAAGAAUUACACCUUACCCUGGUUCAUGGGAGGCAUGGAUAAGCUAAAGGUUCUAAUCAUUGCAAAUUAUGGUUUCUUUCCUGCUGAAUUGAACAAUUUCCAGCAUGUUGGUUCUUUAUCAAAUCUAAAGAGAAUCAGAUUGGAAAAGGUUUCACUUCCAUCCAGCUUCUUGGGCUCUGUACAAUUGGAGAAGCUAGAAAAGAUAUCCUUGGUUAUGUGUAGUAUUGGUCAAGCUUUCAGCAACUCUGCUAUCUGGAUGCCAAAUGUAGUGGAGAUCAACAUUGACUACUGCAAUGAUUUGGUGGAAUUACCUAAUGGAUUCUGUGAUCUUGUCCGGCUGAAAAAGCUCAGCAUCACCAAUUGUCACAGACUGUCAGCAUUGCCAGAAGACUUGGGGAAUUUGGAGAAUUUGGAGGUGCUAAGACUUAACUGCAUUGAAUUGUUAGAGUUGCCAGACACGAUCGGGAGGCUUCAUAAGUUGAGGAUUCUUGACAUAUCUGAAUGUUUAAGCAUAACAAAAUUGCCAGAAGAGAUCUGUGAGUUGAAUAGUUUAAGAAAGCUCUACAUGAUUGACUGCUCAAGUUGUGAAUUGCCAUGGUCAGUUGUGAACCUGGUCCACCUAAUGGAAGUUAUAGGUGAUGAAGAAACAGGCAAUUCAUGGAAAGCUUUUGAGGCUUUCCUUCCAAAUCUGGCAAUAAAGGCAGUGCUUCCAUCAUUUAAUCAUUUACCGACCUGGGAACCAUUAAUGGUGACAGUAAGAAGCAAAUCCUCCUAAAUUAAUAUCUUAAAGCUGCAAAAAAAGAGAAUAAAAAUUUAAUUACAUGAAAGUGAUUAUUAUUAUUAUUAUUUUGCAAUUUUACGUCAAUUACUUUUUGUAGCUUACAUCAAUCGACGUUUAUUCAAUC